AUGAAUGUAUGUCACGUUUUGAAAAAAAUUCAUCAUCACGUCCGAUUUUUGAGAUCAAACAUUCAAAUUCGCACAUUGUUUGGUUCUCUAGGCGUUGCACCUUGACAUAGUUGUUCUGGAGGCGCUGCACCUAGACAUAGUUGUUCUCAAGGCGUGGGUCCUUGUCACAGAAGGUUUCUGGGAGCUGCACCUUGAAACAGUGGUUCUCAAGGCGCCAAUACUUCUCACAGUGUUUCUAAAGGUGUGGGUUCUUGUUACAGUGGUUUUCUAGGCGCUGCACCUAGACAUAGUUGUUCUAAAGGCGUGGGCCCUUGUCACAUUGAUUUUCUAGGCGUGGGUCCUAUACACUCCGGUUUUCUAGCCUCAGCUACUUGAAAACUGGGUUCUCUACGCGCUGCACCUUGACAUAGUGAUUCUCAAGGCUCGAUUCCUUAUCACAUUAAUUCUCAAGGCGCGGGUCCUAUACACGUAGGUUUUCUAGGCUCGGCUAUUUGACAACUGGGUUCUCUAGGCGAUGAUCCUUGUCACAGUGGCUUUCUAGGCGUCGCACCUUGAUACGGGGAUUCUCAAGGCGCGGGUUCUUGUCACAUUGAUUCUCUAGGCGCGGGUCCUAUACACGUAGGUUUUCUAGGCGCGGCUACUAGACAACUAGAAUUUCUAGGCUCGGCUAUUCGACACGUGACUCAAAUAUUCUCUAAAGUUUAGAAUUUAGCGUAAAAUUCUCAGAAACCUCCCCAAAUCCUCAAAUUUUCCAGGAAAAAGACGAUGAAGAUUUCUACGAUUGGAUGAAAACCGAAAAUUCGAAAAGCGACAAGAAAAAAUGCAAAGAAUUGAAACAUUUGAAGAAAUUCUGGAAAGAUGAUGCGAAUUUGGAUGAAUCGGAAAAGUUUUUGAGAGAUUAUCUGAUUAAUAAGGAUUAUGUGCCGGGAGAGACUGAAGAGUGAGUUUGAAGCGGAGAAAAUUUGAAAAUUGAGCUGAAAUUCAACCUAAAAUUUAUUACAGGAAUCCAACUUAUGAUGAAAUUGUGGCUUUGGAAGAAGAUGAAAAGGAUAUGGAUAAAAAUCGAGAAUAUGAAAGAAAAUUCAAUUUCCGAUUCGAAGAUCCAGAUCAAGAAUUCAUCAAAAGUUAUCCAAGAACUGUUCAAGAAUCAAUGAGAACUGAAAAUAGUCAAAGAAAAGAGAAAAGAAAUGAAAAAGAAGAGAGAAAAAAGAAGGAAAAGGAAGAGAAAAAGAAGGAAUUGCGAGAAUUGCAAAAAAUGAAAAAAUCCGAAAUCGAGCAGAAAUUGGAGAAAUUGAAAAAAGCGGCGGGUUGUGAUAUACCGAUUAGUUUAGAUGAAUUGAAUGCGGAUUUUGAUCCGAAAGAGUUUGAUCGGAAAAUGAAGGAGAUAUUCAAUGAGGAAUAUUAUGGGGAAAUUGAGGAGGUGAAGGAGGAUGAAAUGAUGGAGAAACCGAUUUUUAGCGAUUUUGAAGAGGAUAGUGAUUAUGAGGAUUAUGAUAAGAUGGAUGUUGAUGAAAUUAAGAAACAGGUGAGGGAGGGUUUUGGGAAAAUUCUGAAUUUUUUGAUAUCACACAUGCCAAAACUACAUUUUUUUUAUAGAAAAAGUGUAGUUCUUCAUCGAUUUUCUGCUGAAAAUUUGUAAAUUUCUCAAAAAAAAAUCAAAACUACAUUUUUUUAAAUCGAAAAAGUGUAGUUUUCAGCGUUUUUUUCUGAAAAUUCGGCCAAAACGAAAGUUUUGGGGUGGAAAUUGGGAAAAUUCUGUAUUUUUUGAUAUAAAACAUGUCUGUAUGUUUUUUUUGCUGAAAACUUGUGAAACUUACGAAAAAAAAAAUUCAAAACUACAUUUUUUUAAAUGGAAAAAGUGUAGUUUUCAGUGAAUUUUUGCUGAAAAUUCGGUCAAAACCUUCUCUGUACAAAGCAAAAUUAAUUUCAAAGGUUUUUUCUAGAGAGAGGCUAACAAGGGAACCUUUUUUACUCAACACUUCAAAUCAUGAUGAAAUUUUGUCAAUAGAUAGCUUUUGGGACCAUAAGAACACCCUAAAAAUUUAAGUCUCCCAAUGGACCUCUGAGCCAAGUUCUGGGCUCUCAAAAACUCAAAAAGGCCUGAAAAUGGUCAUAAAAGUCAUCAUAGCUCCAUUUCAAAAUUUUUUUUGGGAGAAAUAAAGUUUCAGAUAUUGAUCAGCAUGGUUGAUUACCUAAAAGUAAAUCAAUAAAAAAUAUUUUUUCAAAAAAUUUUGAAGUUUUUUAUUUUUCGGCUGAAAAUUCAUGAAAAUUCAUAUGUGCCCCUGCUCAUUCUUUUUUUCAAAAUCAGAAAUUUUUCUGAAAAUUUGAUUUAUUCAUGCUUUUUGGGUAAAUCGACCACGCUGAUCAUCAUCUGCUACUCAGUUUUUCAUAAAAUUGAUCGAGAAUUGAGUUAUGACGUGUUUUAUGAGCCAAUUUGGGCAAUUUUUGAACUUUUGAGAGUCCAUAACUUGGCUCAGAGGUCCAUUGGGAGAUUAAAAUUUUUAGGGUGUUCAUAUGGCCCCAAAAGCUAUCUAUUGACAACAUUUCAUCAUGAUUUGAAGUGUUGAGUAAAAAAGGUUUCCUUGUAAGUCCUUGAAUUUCAACUGAUUUUUGCACGAAAUUUCCAAUUUUAAGCCCCCUAAGCCUAAGCCUAUAAGAAGCCUAAGCCUAAGCUCUAAGCCUAAAAGCCUUAGCCUAAGAGCCUUAGCCUAAAUGCCUUAGCCUAAAAGCCUUAGCCUAAACUCAGUCCGAAAAUUUGGCCUAAAAAUUUUUCUUGAAAUUUCAAAUUUUACAGCAGAAAUUUAAAAUUUAAUUCCAAAUUUCUUCAUUUUUCAGUCUCAAGAAGAAAAAGAAGAAGAAGAUUCAGAAGACGGCGAAACUUCUGAAAAACCGCAAAAAUCUGGAAUUGAUGUGAAGAAAAAUGGAAAAUUCGACAUGGUUGCAGCUGCACAAAAAGCGAUGAAAAAAGAUUCUGAUGGUAAAAUUUCUUUUUUAAAAGUUUUUCGAUUUUCUCAUCAAAAACCUUUUUGUUUCAGAAAAUCGCCGAAAAAAGAAGAAGAAUGUGUUGAAAGAGGCAUUGGCGAAGAAAAAACCGAGAUUUGAUCCGAAAGAGAAGACUUUUGAGCAAUAUUUCAAUGAAUAUUAUGCAUUGGAUUAUGAGGAUAUUAUUGGUGAGCGGGGAAAUUUUGGGUUUUUUGGGAACGAAAAUCAUGAAAUACAGGUUUUUCUCUGGAAAAAUUCUGUUGUUUUUGAACCUCGAAAAAUUACGUUUCAAAAUUAUUUUAUCUAAAAGUUUUCAAAUUUUUUUCAAUUGGCAUUGGUAUUUGCUAUUGAAAUUUUUGGCGAUCACAAAUUCACAAUCCAAUGUUUUUUAGACCUGUUUCUGAUUAAUUUUCACUGAAAAAUUCCAGAAAAAAUUAUUUUUUGAACCUCAAAAAUUUACUGAUUCAAAAUUUUUUUGUCUAAAAAUUUCCAAUAUUUUUUCAAUUUGCUUUGAAAAAUAAUUGGGAAAAUUUUGGCGGACACAAAUUCAUAAUCCAAUGUUUUUAAGAUCUGUGUCUGAUUUAUUUUCACUGAAAAAUUUCAGAAAAAAUUGGUUUUGAAACUAAAAAAAAAUUAACUGUUUCAAAAUUGUUUUGUUUAAAAAUUUCUAAAGCAGUUGCAAUGGAAUUUUUCUGAAAACUGAUUGUUAUGGAAUAUUUUAGCUCAAAAAUUCCACAGUAUUCUGAAUUUACAGUUUUUGUUUUGGAAUUUCAGCUUUGAAAAUAAUUUGACCAAGUUUUGAUGAAUUUUUUUGAAGCUCGAAAAUUACGUUUCAAAAUUGUUUUGUCUAAAAAUUUCCAAUAUUUUUUCAAUUGGCAUUGAUAUUUUCUGUUGCAAUUUUUGGCGAUCACAAAUUCACAAUCCAAUGUUUUUUAUUGUCAUUCCGAAAAAUGGCCUAGGAAACCAAGACUACAGUAGACUUCGCAAAAUUUUGGAGUCUAUUUGAAAAUAAAAUGCGAAAUUUACACGUUGGCUAUUUGCCAACCAGUUUGAUGUGCAUGUGUCACGUCAUUUUUAGUCUACUGUACGUGAGCGCCAAUUUAAACAGAUGUUCUUUUAUUUUCAGAUUGACAAUAGACCUUUUCCUGAUUAAUUUUCACUGAAAAUUUUUAUAAAAAAACAUUUUUGAACCUCAAAAAUUUACUGUUUCAAAAUUGUUUUGUCUAAAAAUUUCCACUUUUUUUCAAUUUGUAUAAUGGGGUGAUUCAUAAAAAUAAAUUGACAAAAAAAGUGCGAUUAAUUUCACGUUUUUUGUCAAUCAAUCGCAUUUUUUCAGAAAUGAAUGCGAUUAAUUGACAAAAAACGUGAAAUUAAUCGCACUUUUUUUGUCAAUUUAUUUUUAUGACUCACCCCAUAAUGUUUUUGAGACCUGUUUCUGAUUAAUUUUUAAUCAACACUUUGGUAUCUUUGUUCUGAAUUUGAAAAGUUUUAGAACAAAAACAUUUUUCGAACCUCGAAAAAUUACGUUUCAAAAUUGUUUUGUCUAAAAAUUUCCAAUUUUUUUUUCAAUGGGCAUUGAAAAUUAAUGAGGAAAUUUUUGAGAAUCACGAAUUCACAAUCCAAUGUUUUUAAGAUCUAUUUCUGAUUAGUUUUCACUGAAAAAUUUCAGAAAAAAUCAUUUUUAAAGCCAAAAAAAUUCACUGUUUCAAAAUAGUUUUAUCUAAAAAUUUCCAAUAUUUUUUUUUCAAUGGGCAUCUAAAUCUAUCAAUAAAAUUUUUGGCGAUCACAAAUUCACAAUCCAAUGUUUUUAAGACCUUUUUCUGAUUAAUUUUCACUAAAAAAUUUCAGAAAAAAAAACAUUUUUCGAACCUCGAAAAAUUACGUUUCAAAAUUGUUUUGUUUAAAAAAUUGUAUAGCCGGUUUUUAAUCAGCACUUUGGUUUCUUUGUUCUGAAUUUGAAAAGUUUCAGAAACUCUGGUCAAGAAAAAUCUGAAAUCUCAGAUUUUAUGUUAAUAUUUGGGAGAAUUUCUAAGUUCUACAGAGUUUUUAGAGCAACAAUUUUGAAAAAAAUGAAUUCCAGAUGUAUUUUUCUGAAAUUUUGCUUCCAGGCGAUCAAAUAACCCGCUUCAAAUACCGUGAAGUCGAACCCAAUGAUUUCGGCCUGACAACCGAUGAAAUUCUCGACGCUGAUGAGCGACAAUUAAACGCGUGGGCUUCGCUGAAAAAAGUCACCGCCUAUCGAAGUUCGCAAGAAGAGCAUUUCGAUAAGAAUGCGUAUAAGAGAAAAGCGGCUGAUAAAGCUAAGAAAUCCAGGAUUUUCGCCACCGAUUUUGGCGGAAAAAAAUCGCUGAAACGAAAAUUGGAAGAGGAGAAGGAGAGAUUAGAGAAUGAGGGAGAAGAAAUCCAGGAGGACAAUGUGAAUUUGGGAGCGGAGAAAAAGAAGAAGAAACGUGGAAAGAAGAAGGCGAAGGUUGUGGAAAAGGUGAGAAUUUUGGGGGGAAUUUGGUGGGAAAAAUAAGAAAAUUCGUGAAUUUUCACCCCAGAACAGGUCUCAACACGAAAAAUCUACAGUAAUUCAUAUUUUUCAAGAGAAAAUUCAAAAUAGAGUACUGUAGAAAAAUCUGAAAAACCCUAGCCACGAAAAUCUACAGUACUGUGUUUUCCAAACAGGAAAAGGGUCCCGAAAAAUAUACAGUAACCAAUUUGAAACUACAGUAAUCUAUCUGCAGGGGUCCCAAAACGAGAAUCUACAGUAACCCCAUAGAUAAUAGAUCUUCACGCUAUGAAGGUACUGCCACGAAAAAUCUACAGUAAUCUGUUUGUAGGAGAUGUUUGAGGGUCCCACAACGAAAAUUUACAGUAACCCAUAUUUUUUUUAAUGAAAAAAUUCAAUCUUCACCCCUCUAAGGUCCUGAAAAAAUCUACAGUAAAUCUACAGUACCUUAAUGUUUUUCAAAGCUACCAGGGUCUCACAACGAACAUUUACAGUAACUCAUAUCUUUGUUUAAUGAAAAAUUGAAAAAUUCUAUUCUUAACCCUAUGAAGGUCCUGCCACGAAAAAUCUACAGUACUCAAAUUUUUUGAACAUCAAAAAUGUUUCUGAAAUCUACAGUAAUGUAUUUAUAUUUUUUAUUUUGAGAAUCCUCAAUAUUCUGGGUUCUACAACGAAAUUCUACAGUAACCCAUAUUUUUUUUAAUGGAAAAUGCCACGAAAAAUCUACAGUAACCUAAUUUGUUUCCUCUUCGAUAUCCCCCGUUAUUUUGGGUCCCACAACGAACAUUUACAGUAACCCUUUUAUGUUUUUUUUUCAGGUCCAAGAAGUUGCUCCAGAAAUUCCUGAACCUGAACAAGCUCCAGUUGAAGCUCAAAGUGAGGAGAAUUCAGCAGAGCCCAAGAAAAUGAAGCGAAAACGAAAUAAGAAUGGAGGAAAUGCUAAGGUGGGGAUUUUCAGCCAUUUUCCAGACUUCCAGAAAGGCCUGGAUCAGAUCUGGCCUAGAAACUAGGCCCGCAGAAUCCAUGUUUGUUUUUGCAGACAAAUGUUCUUGCCGAAAAAUUCGGAAGUGGAGUGACCGAUUCGCGUGUCAAAGCCUACGGCCUAAAUCCCAGUCGACUCAAGAAGGGACUAAUUUAUGGAUCAGGGCCCGGCGGCCCGAAAAAAGCCUAG